CUCGCAGGCACGCGCCAGGCCUUCGUCUUUGAUCGAACGUCGGGUUCGGCUAGGCGUGUCCAGCUGACGGUGCACUCGGGCACCCGCAACUGGCCAAGCCGACCGAAGACCGGGCGCGCCUCUCCCAACCCGGUCCUCACCGCGGGACACUGGAGACGUAGAGUCACGCCAGCUGCGAUCUGCAUCGCAGUACUGGAGUCUGGGAUCCUUCCACAACUCUGCGUGGAGUCGCCCCCAUUCAUGUAACAGAACCUGGACAAUGGAUUCCUCUGAAGGGGACUGGUUCAGCAAUUUAGCUCUUCAACCGCCGGCCGCUCCACGUUCUAGCCGGAGUGCGACUCGGCGUGCCGAUAUGCCGAGUGAACCGGCCACCUACUCUGUGGAUAAUUUUGAGCCAAGGCCUCCGCAGGAGCUUGUCUGUACCGUGUGCAGGGGUGUGUACCGAGACCCUGUGGAAUGCCCCUGCCGACAUGUAUUUUGCUCCAUCUGCAUCCACGGCUGGCUGGCACUUGGCCCAAUUCCCGGAUCUGGUAGUUGCCCGUUGUGCCGCCGAGAGGUGUCGAUGUCCCAAGUGGUACCCGUGGUCCCCCUUGUGACCAACAUGAUCGCCCGCCUCACUGUCCGCUGCCCCAACAGAGAGACAGGCUGCACAGCAAAGGUGGCCUUGGAAUCACUGAACCACCAUCUGGAGACUUGCGAGUUCGGCAGGGCUCUUUGCCCGGACUGCGGAGCCCCGAUGCUCGCCUCCGAACUGGCUGCGCAUCGGCGCGAGUGCGCUUCGAUGCAGCAACGGAUGGUGCGCUGCACACGCGACUGCUGCUUCAGCCUGUUUUCCGAGCGAGAGCGCGACCAGAACUGCGUCCACGAAAUGCGCAGCUACAUCAACUCGCUGGAGCAGACACGUGACAUGCUGCGCCACCAGAUCGACCACACACUGCAGUGCCUGUCUCAACUGCAAAGCCAGAUCCGGGAACUUGCAGCAAGGGUGGAGACGUGUGCUGGGCGCCUACGUGAAGCUCCACCUUUACCAAAGUCGAGUGGAAGGGGGACGCCGCGAUGGGAGUACUCAAAGGAAAGCCGGCUGCCUUUGCGACAAGUGAACGUGACCAGCACCAGCGGCAGCCGAGCCAGCGGAUCGCUGACCUCUGGCCGUCGCGCGCGGUUUUCCGUGCCUGGUCCCAGCUGUUCUUGGUGGAACUUAACCGCCGAUGCUCCUCUGUCUCUCGCCGAGCCACAGCAAGAUGAACCGGUGCAACAGUCUGCAUCGGCUUUCAAGUUGUUUCCGAAUGACGGCCCCACGGCCAGGCUCUUCCACGACACUGACGGGCCAUGCUGCCAGCCUAACAUCAAAAAUCGCACGCCACCGCAAGCAGGUCCAUCCACGGUGCCGUUUUCGACUCCCAGCUCCGCUCUCCGCAAUGCACGCCGCCCACAGCUUACAUUGCAGUUCGGUGUGGAACAACCAACCGAGCCACCCUUGGCACCAAGCCGGUCUCGCUCUACUCUUGGCGGGGCACCGACUCUGACGUCCACGUCCACACGACUGAGCGUGCCGACCGUCUCCGAGAUGCUGGCUGCCGGAGCCCAGCUUCCAGUGACGCCACCUGCCACGUCGAACGCAGUUACGUCUACUGGAGGAGCACGCACUUCGACCGCCAUGAUCGACCUGGCCGCUGGAUUGCCGCUGGAACGCCGCCUGUACUCCAGGGUCCCUGGUGGCUGGUAUCCGCCUUCCACUGCCGGCAUCACAAUGCACGCCGAUGACGUCGCCAGUGGUCUCCGCACACUGCAACCCGCUCCCCAAACCCAGCGAACCAACGCUGCCGACACUGGCAUGGAGUACGGCCAGUUGAGUGGCGGCGACUGCCACCUGUCGAGUUUCAUUCGGCAGCUGUGGGAGACGGGAAAACACUACGACGGCAACAAAUCGCCAGAGUGACCACCUGGCGGCAUUGGGAAGCUGUGAUUGCGCAGGCUCGGGGCUUUCUUCUGUGUCAUUUUCUUUUUUUGUCUUCUUUGAAAUUAAAAUUGGUCCCCAAGCUGUGU